AUGGCGGCGCUGGGGGAGCCGGUGCGGCUGGAGAGAGGUGAGAGCAAAGGCAGGCGGGCGGGGAACGGCUGGCCUCGGCUGCAGCCACUGGAGAGCCGGAUCUACUGAGCGAUGCCCUGCAGGGGCGACGUGUGUCUUCGCCUUGGGGAGCAGGCAGGCUAAGCCCCAAAGCAUUCUUAGGUCCUGAGGCUGGUCAGGGCAGGCGCAACUACUUGCCCGCAGCAACAGCAGCCCCGCAAGCCUCCGCCAAGAGUGGGGAGAGGGGGUGCCCUUGCCUCUCCCGCCCCCGCCCCCGCUCCCACACCCAGAGAUCCUCCGCAGCAGUGCUCCAGCUUAGGUGGUUUAAGAAGAGGAUUAGAGAAGUGCCAGGCUUACUAGCUGGGAUGGCCGUCGCAAGUGGGGAGCGCGCGGCUGCCGAGAGAGAACCAGAUGGGGGCGUGGCGUCCGGCCCGGCGGGGAUCUUCUUCUGCUCUUGGCUCCCUCCCUCCGCCCGUCUGUCAGAACAGCCUCGGCUGCUUCUUUCUCUGCCUGGUCCGGGUCAGCUGGUGCUGAGCCAGGACCGUGGCCUGCGCGCUCCCCUGUGGGUCGGGGUGCGCGAGGAGGUUAAUGGACAACACAAGGCCCCUGUGGAGCCAGCCGGUUCUCUGGCUGCCAAUAUUGGGUGUAAAGUUAUGGAAGUUUUAAAUCGGAGUUCUUAGGCCUCGGUGGAAAAUGCACUGUGAGCUGCUACUAGGUAUAGUUAGGUGGGAGGGUCUAAUUUAUGAGCCUAGAAGCAUCUAGGCCCCCCAUCUGCACUGUACAUUUAAAGAGCAUCAUACUGCUUUAAACUAUCAUAAAGGUAAAGGUACCCCUGCCCGUUCGGGCCAGUCUUGCCAGACUCUAGGGUUGUGCACUCAACUCACUCUAGAGGCCGGGAGCCAGCGCUGUCCGCAGACACUUCCGGGUCACGUGGCCAGCGUGACAAGCUGCAUCUGGCGAGCCAGCGCGGCUCACGGAACGCCGUUUACCUUCCCGCUGGUAAGCGGUCCCUAUUUAUCUACUUGCACCCAGGGGUGCUUUCAAACUGCUAGGUUGGCAGGCGCUGGGACCGAGCAACGGGAGCGCACCCCGCCGCGGGGAUUUGAACCGCCGACCCUGCAAUCAGCAAGUCCUAGGCACUGAGGUUUUACCCACAGCACCACCCACGUCCCUUAAACUAUCAUGGUUUCCCCCAAAGAAUCCUGGGACUGGGAAGUGUCGUGGGCUAAGAGUGCUGAGUGCUUUUCAGAUACCUCCUCUUCCCCUGAGGGAUGGGCAGUUUUCAGAGUGGUUUAACAGUCAGUAUGUCUUCCCUGGGAACUCGGGGAACUGUUGCUCUGUGAGGGGGAGAGGGUUCUCUGUGACUGCAAAAUGCUAAUGCAGACUGAAAUAACGGAUUCUUGGCACAGAAUCAAAUUUAGUGGGUUAAGUUUUUUACAGCGCUGCAGCAAAAUGUUGUCACAUUGAGUGCUCAUAGCAAGGUGUUCUAGGAACCAGCCAGCUAUACUCUUUUUCCAGGGUGCUCCUACACACACACACACACACACACACACACCCUGCCCCCAUUUGGUCAACAUUCUGUGGUCACUGAAUAUGCUCAGUCCUCAUUGAGCUGAGUUUUACAGGAAAGGCUAGGUACUGAAUCUUAAGAACUGCUGCAUGUCCCCAAACUUUUAGGUGAACUCGUGUGAUUAAACAGGAUUUAGGCUUUACGCUCUGAGUUAUCCUGAACUGUAAUGCACAUAUGUUACACAUAUAUGGUAUUUUUGUGUGUGUGUGUGUGUGUGUAUUCCUCAGAGCUUGUGUGGUUCUUACACCUGGUAGAUGAGGGUUCAAAUAUCUCAUUAGGCAUUAAAUCACUGUUGGCCUUGUUUGCCUUAGAAAUUCAGAUAUAUAAGUUAAUCACUAAAUGACGCCUUAAACCUAGUUAUGGCCACCAAAACAGAAUACCUAGGUGUCUUUUUUUUUUGUUUACAAUGAUUUUUAUUAUUAUUAUUAUCAUCAUCAUUAGCAUUAGUUAUUUCUAUAUCACUUUAUAUUUUAAAGAAAAAAAUCUCAAAGCACAUUACAACGCAUUAAAACAUCAAAUAAAACAAUCCAGAAUAAAGCAAAUUCAGGCUUCAAGGAAAAUAUUUCAAAUCCUUCUCCAAAUGACAUUUUGCUUUUUCUGUAUUCAUUUACCCACUUAAUUUGUAUAGCUGCCCCAUGGCAGAAGUACUGUAGGAAGCCAGUGUAGUGUAGUGGUUAGUCAGACUGGGAGAUCAGGGUUCAAAUCCCCUCUCAGUCAUGAAGCUCACUGGGUGACCCUGGGCCGGUCACAGGCUCUUAACAUACCUCCCAGGAUUGUUGUGGGGAUUAACUGAGGGGGUGAACCAUGUACUCCUUAGAGAGAAAGGUGGGAUAUAAAUGCAAUUAAGUUUUUCUGCCUACCUGCUUAAGAAAGCUGGAGGGGGUAGCCAGAUGGAGAUGUCAUUCAGCAACCUGGCAUUCAGAGAUCUCCACAUGGUCACAAUUGGAGCUGCAAAAUUGGCGCUUGGCGAAUUUCUAGCACUGCUCAUGAAGAAGGGCCUCAGUUGUUGAUCACAGGGUUUGGGCAGGUUCGUAGAAUUGCUGAUACAAAGUUUUCAUAGAAUUGCUGAUACAAAUGAUGACAUUUUUAAGAAAACAGAAUGAUUGUUACUUUGCUGUUGAAGAAAUGUACAUUGUAUCUUAACAGUAUUUCAAUAGAAACUAAACUUAGCAAAUAAUGACCAAGUAGGCUAUUUUUGGGUCAAUUGUCAAAGUAUUGAUGUCUCAAGCUCCCGGGGGAAUCCUGUGUUUUAUGAGGGAACAGUUCAGAUAAAGAAAAAGGAAAUAGCAGGUUAAAAUGUAGUGUCUGUGUAAAGCUAUGACAGAGGACAAGAUUUAGUAUCACUGAUGACUGACCUCCUCAUUAGUUAUGGAAUGAAGUCAAACAGCAUCACCCAUGCAGCUUGCUGUAUGUGCAACUUUGAGCACUGCACCCUGCAUAACUUUGCUGCUCAAGCCCACCCCAAAAGUAGUGUUCGACAUCUGAUGUUCAGCCUUUGAAUCUCUUGCCACUCCCAGAAACAUUUCCUCCCUUUGUACAUGCAUGAUUCCAAACAGAACUGGGUCACCAGCUCACACUGAAGAAAGGAUAGGGAAUGUGCAAACACCUCUGGGAAAUUCUUCUUGCCUAAUUGAAAUUCUUUUACUAUCUUGGAGAGUACUGUUUUCAAAACGUCCAUGCUAGGCAAAAUUCAAUAGGAACUCUUAAGUAACAGUUGACCUUUUGGGUCUAACAACCCAGGAAUUCUCAGAAAUAGAAGGGAGGAUGUAACUGAGCCAGUUAAAGUCAUGAUGAUAUUCUCCCAUGAAUGGAUGUUGUGUAACCCAUAUACAGUGGUGCCUCGCAAGACGAAAUUAAUUCGUUCCGCGAGUUUUUUUGUCUAGCGAACUUUUCGACUUGCGAAGCACGGUGUCGGAAAAGUUUUGGAAAAGCUUCAAAAAUCACCAAAAACCUCAAAAAAGGCUACCACACCGCGUUCUAUGAGUUGCUCCUCGAAGUCAAGUCGCAACUGUAUUAACGGUGUUAAGAAAAAGGAAACAAACUUGCAAGGCGUUUUCAUCUUGCGAAGCAAGCCCAUAGGGAAAUUCGUCUUGCGAAGCAGCUCAAAAACCGCAAAACCCUUUCGUCUAGCGAGUUUUUCGUCUUGCGAGGCACUCGUCUUUCGGGGCACCACUGUAAUUGACAAUCAGUUGUCAUGUUUUAGUUUUCCAAAUAUGGCUAGGUUUGUUUGUUUUUGAAACUUCUAACAUUCAUUAUACAGUAGUGGCUUAUUGUAACCUCAAAUUUGUUUUGAACAACAUUUUAUCCUUUGCUCCUCAGUCAUUCAAGGAAAAUUAAGUAAUAUUUGCAAAUAAAAAUAAAAAUCGGAUGCUUGGACUCAACUGCUGGCUCUGCUCUUUGUCAUGCAAAGGCUGUGUUUUUAUUUCUAAUCUUCAAAGACUAAGCUUUGAAAAGUACAAUUUUUUUGCUAAGUUGUUGUUUUGAUGGGUAACAGAGGCAACAACAGAUGACUUAAUUUUUUCCAUGCUCCGUAGUGAGCGAGUGCUUGGUUGUGGAAGCAAAUAUUUAAGGAAGAUGUUAGAAUUGAUAGUGGAGAAAAAGUUAAAAUGCCAUGUGUUUCCAUGAAGUUGAGAUGGCAGGUGUAUCCGGCAGCAAUAACAUUUGUACUUAGCUUCCUGUCAACAGCUCAUUGCAUAAUCGUCAAUGCCUGACUCUCAGUGUUCCAAUGGUCAUCCUAUGGAAAUGUACUCUUUCAGAGGCUCUGGUUUCUAUUCAAAUGCAAAUAUCAGUGUCCUCUGCCCCUUGAACCACCUUUUAACUUAAUCAUUUGGGUAAAAUGUUCUCUGUGGGCUUUCCCUGUACUCAAGCAAUUUCAAGUAUGUUUUGCUCUCAGGAGAGGGGCCCCAAGCUUGUUACAGCAUUUGCACAGAGCUGUCUGCUUUGGGAACCAUGUGCAUUGUCUGUUAGUGACUUCAGGAGUCUGUUCUAAUCUGGAGCAUAGACGGUUCAUGUAUUAGACCUUGUCAUCUAAGCAUGUGAACAUUGAACAGAGCCUAGAACAAUAUUUAUUCUGCUGCUUUGGGAUGGCAUUUAAUUCUCCAUCUGCAUAUUACAAAGGAAGAAUGGUAGAGGGAGUCCAGAUUGUUUUUCAUGAAUGUUUGUCUGCCACUGAAAUAUUUGUAAUAAAGAAUCCCUAAUAGGUAUACAUUGCAAGGAACAAGGUUUGCCUGAAACAGGAGAGCUGAUGAUCAUCAGGAUUCUGUCCUUGGGAUUUUGUUGACAAGUAUAUUGGUCUGAUGCUCAUUAGUCAUGGAACAAACAUUGAAGAGCAAGUUGGUACAAAAUCUGUACUGGGUUUUUCCUGCUCCAGAUGAAUGGGAAGGAGUGCUUUCGAAUGUUACUCUAGCUGCGUGGGAGCCACAUUUCUAUGAGUGGCUCCCACACAGUUGAGGUAUGUAGGCUGAUCACAUGGUCUGAUUCACUAGCCCAAUUCAAUGGUCAGAACUAGUAUCAUUACCCUCUGAGUAGAUUUUAGUAGUUCAUGUUCUUUCCUUGCCUUUCUUUUACAGACAUCUGUCGGGCUAUUGAGUUGUUGGAAAAGUUGCAAAGGAGCGGAGAAGUGCCCCCACAAAAACUACAGGCUUUGCAAAGGGUCCUUCAAAGUGAAUUCUGUAAUGCUGUGCGGGAGGUAUGUUUUUGAGGAGUGUGUGGAGAAUGUAUAGAUCAGUGUCUUCUCAUUAAUAUUUGGGAGCUACACUGGGAAUUGCCUUCUGUUGAAGUGCAGUUCCAAGCAAAAAGAUAAUACAGUGUUAUCUCUGGUUGCGAACGGGAUCUGUUCCGGAGGCCCAUUCGCAGUGUGAAAAGCCCGCAACCUGAAGCACCGUAUCUGCACAGGUGCACAGUGCGAUUUGGCACUUGUGCGAAUGCGCAAGGCAUGAUUUAGCGCUACUGCGCAUGCGCGAGUGGUGAAACCUGGAAGUAACCCUUUCCGGUACUUCCAGGUCGCUGCGGGACACAACCUGAGAAAACAUAACAUGAAGCAAACAUAACAUGAGGUAUGACUGUAGUGAAUGACAAACCAAGUUUCCUGAUUCACAACUCAAUGCAUGCAUGCAAAAUUAUAGUUAAUCCGCACAGUUCAUUUGGAAAUAUUAUUAAUGUGGUUUGAUUUAGUCAUCCCCUAUCCAAUAAAUCACAUACCUGAUUUGUCUUUCUUUCUAAAGGUAUAUGAGCACGUGUAUGAGACUGUGGACAUCAGCAGUAGCCCAGAAGUGAGAGCUAAUGCCACAGCCAAGGUAAGACUCCUAUUUAGGAAGGGUUAAUAUGUUAAAGCUCAACUGGCAGCUUCAAUCUAUAAAAGCUGAAGUAUUAGGCUAUGAAAAUAUUGCAGUGAGCUGUGCUUUUGAGCUCAAUGGGAAUAUCCGUGAAACAAACACUUUAAACAAUUGUAGGCUUAAGAUAAACUGGGAAGAAUGAAAGGGCUCCUUACCAAAGACAAAGUUUUCCUAUAGCAGUUCCUUAUUUUAAAGUUGUUUUUUUCUGUUAAUGCACUGAAGCAGUUCACUAAUGCACUCUCAUGCGGAUGCUUUUUACAUGUUUAUUGACUGCCUUCCUACCCCAAUGCAUGGGAUGCUAAAAUAGCAUUCUUGCUGAACAGUCAGUGCAUUGGAUAAAUGCCUGGUACAGUACAAGAAUGUGGAGGGUUGGGAUUAUCAGCACCUGUUACUAUGAGGAUGUUGAAGGGGGUUCAGGACAGGGUGAUGUAUACUGCCUCUGCUUAGAGAGCAUUCUGCUGUGUAGAAUGACUCUCCUUUGUACAUUUGUUUACUUGAUUCCAGUACCCAAGUUAAAAAUGCAUAGUAGUGCAUCUGUUAUGAGGAACUCGUGUGUGUUUUCAAAACACACGCAAGGGGAACGGAGGUCCUUUGGCUGGGUCGGGACAAUAUGGGAUGGGGGGGGCAACUCCCAUCUCUUGCGGGGACGCAAUUAGUGCCAGCACCAUCCGUUAAGGGUGCAAUCUUCAACACCUCCCUUUCCAUGGAGGCGCAGAUGGUAGCUAUAACAAAGGUGGCAUUUUUUCAUCUCCACCAAGCUAAGCAGUUGGCUCCUUACCUCUCUCGCCGUGACCUAGCCACUGUGAUCCACGCAACGGUCACCUCCAGACUUGAUUAUUGUAACUCACUCUACAUGGGGCUGCCCUUGAGACUGACCCAGAAACUCCAGCAGGUGCAGAAUGCCACGGUAAGACUCCUUAUGGGGUCCUCGCUGCGAGAUCACAUUCCCCCGGUGCUAUACCAGCUGCACUGGCUCCCGGUGGAGUACAGGAUCAGGUUUAAGGUGCUGGUUUUAACCUUUAAAGCCCUAUACGGCCUAGGACCCUUGUACCUACGGGACCGCCUCUCCUGGUAUGUCCCAUGGAGGACCUUACGGUCUUCAAAUAAAAACACCUUGGAGAUCCUGGGCCACAGGUAGGUUAGGCUGGCCUCAACCAGAGCCAGGGCUUUUUCAGCCGUGGCCCCAAUCUGGUGGAACGCUCUGUCCCAAGAGACUAGAGCCCUGCGGGACUUGACAUAUUUCCGCAGGGCCUGCAAGACGGAGCUGUCCCACCAGGCCUUUGGCCAAGGCACAGUCUGACCCCCUCCUUCUGUAAUCCUUAUAGAACUCUAGCCCAAUGGUUGCCAUUAAUUUGACUCUGAAUUGAUUUUAGAAUGAAUUGAUUUUAGAAUGUAUUUCAAUUAAUUGAUUGUGAUUUUAUGUAAACUGUGGUAUUUUUACUGUUGUUAUCCGCUCUGAGCCUGGCUUCGGCUGGGGAGGGCGGGAUAUAAAUAAAAAAAUUAUUAUUAUUAUUAUUAUUAUUAUUAUUAUUAUUAUUCACCUUUGUCCAUGUAUCAUCAAAGAAAAUGCAGUUAUAAGUGAAACAGUGCAUAUGUUUGGUUUGUUUGCCUUUUGUUUUCCCAUGGUUUGGAGUACAAACCGUCUUCAGAACAGCAGCCCAGAGAUUGAAAAUACUCUGAAGUACAUUUGCAGGGGAUGCACUUGUAUUGGCAGUAUUUAGCAAGAUGCUUUGAAAUAUUUGCCUUUGAGAUAAGACAGUGAAUAAGAUUCCAAACCUUGUGAACUAUGGGGAGGAAAAUGAGAUUUCCAUGUUUUGCAGGCCACUGUUGCUGCCUUUGCUGCCAGUGAGGGUCAUUCCCAUCCCAGAGUCGUUGAACUACCAAAAACAGAAGAAGGGCUCGGAUUCAACAUCAUGGGCGGCAAAGAGCAAAAUUCUCCAAUCUAUAUAUCCCGAAUUAUCCCAGGUGGUAUUGCUGAUAGACACGGGGGAUUGAAGCGUGGAGACCAGCUUCUUUCUGUAAACGGAGUGGUAGGGAUGGAAUUUAACUUCCACUUGUAGUAGCUACCUGUGACCGCUUGAGGGCAUUGAGGGGAUGUUGAUUGCUUGGUCUUGUGUGUAUUAUGCAGUAUGGGGAAAAAACAGGUUUAUAUUUUCCUUUUGCAAAUCAUAAUGGAGAGUAAAAUAUUAUGGAGUGUGUUUUAGAUUUGCAAUUCUAAGUUCACUAGCGCUGAUAGAAGCCUGCUGUUAUGUGAGGAAACAUUUUUAAUUAAUAAAGCAGGUGGAUACACAUUUUAGAACUGGAUCCCAAAUUUGUUGAAAUAACAUUAGCAAGAUGUUAGUAAAAUAGUUUAUUACUAAUAGUCUGUUAGUAAAAUAGUCAUUGAUGAGAAACUGCCCAUAUGCAGUUUCUCAUCAAUGACUAUUUUACAUACUAUGCAACUUUAAAUGAAAAAAUAUUUUCUACUCUUGAGACCUGUCAGCUAUAUUUUGGCUUAACCUACCUCACAGGAUUUGUGAGGAUAAAAUGAGAUAGCCUCAUGCAUACCGCUUUGAGCUCCUUGCAGUCUAGGCAAGAUACAAAAUAAAUAAUGAAGGCUGAAGGUAUAGGGGCAAAAUCCUGAAAGGAUGAGGCUGUGCUUCAGAAAUUUGAGUGUGUGUGUGUGUGUGUGUGAAUUUGGAUAGGAAAGGACCUAAUCCACUGUGCUGAGUGGACUUCACCUCCCAGUUUUCACACUUCCCAAACGUGCCAAAAAAUGUAUCAAAAUGCAUUUUAAAAUAAUCUGCUUUUGGAGGGAACAGCAUGAUAAGCAUGGAUUGAGUGAACCCAUGUAAAAACGCCACAGACCGGAACUAAAGAUUCAUCCCUUUCUAGUAUUGACUCCUUGAGUUUUCUCUGUCAAGUUACCUCAGAACACCUGAGGUAAAGCAGUUCUCCUCAUACAAUGCUACUUUGCAUGCACAUUUACUUUUUUCCUAAAUGCGGUUAAAAUGUAGCAAUGGCCAGCAGCUUCUUGUUCCAUUUUUCCUAAUAGGUAGCCACUGGAAUAGCUCACAGCAACUCAAGUCCUCCCACAAUGAACUGUUUUGGCGGCUGACUAAAGGAGUCAUUGACACUCAGCUGACCAGUCCCCACACAGCCUUCCAGCUGGUGGGUGGCACUGAGAAAAUCCUUACCUUUCUAUAGACUCAUUCAUUUGUCCUGGUAACUUCAGUUGGGGGAACUAACUUUGCCAGGGAAUCUGGCUGUGCCCUGAUAAGGUGGGGAAAUCUUGGGAGUCUGGCAAUCUACCUAGGAACACAUCAGGACCCAUUUACAUAUCAUGACUGACAUUUUGAGAAGCACUGUUGUUAGUGAAACCUAGAGCAACUGCCCUUUUCUUCCCCCCCACCCUUAAAUAUGUGCUUAAUUUUGAAAGCCACAAAUUACCUAGAACAGAUAACGUUAUGAUACAGCCAACAUAAAAUCUAGCUCUUCUAUGUGAGGUCAUUCAGCUAGCCUUAUAAAUAACAAUGCUGGAAUAUUAGAGUGCUUUUUUAUAUAUAUUUACUAACAGAAUGGUUAAUUUUUGAAAUAUUUGUUUCAGAGUGUUGAAGGGGAGCACCACGAGAAAGCUGUGGAACUGCUAAAAGCUGCUCAAGGAAAAGUUAAGCUGGUUGUACGAUACACACCCAAAGUCCUGGAAGAGAUGGAGUCACGAUUUGAGAAAAUGAGAUCGGCAAAACGCAGGCAACAGAAUUAAUGUAUUACAUGUCACUUAAGGAAAAGCAUGAACUUUGCUUGUCUGGAAAUAUCAGACAAGCAACGUUAGAAAAGGAUGUUAAUUUUGUUAAUGCUUUGUCUUUUACAAAUAACUCUUGAACAUCUUAAUGCUUCUGAGAAGAAAAGUUUACAUGGGCGUUUGUAGCUAUGUGGUUUUACAGAUCCUUUCUUUAAAAUUCAAACCUGUAACCAUCAGAACAAAUUUGUAAAGUGUUUUUAAAAUACAUUUUAAUAAGCUUUUUUCAGCAUUUGUAACAUCUGUUUUCUAGUACUUUUUCCCCAUUUGGCAUUACUUAAAUCUGGAAAUCUUUAUUUUGGAUACAGAUAUAAAACAAGUCUUACUCUUUUUGGCACUAAAUUUAGUCUUCUACAUACAGGUAGUCAUAAUUAUGUGGUCAAGUACAAUUAGUGCUUUUGAUGAACAAGUUUCUAUGCAUGUUCUCAAUCAUAACUUUAUAUGGUUAAUGACAUCUUGGACACUUUCUUACCUCUUUUGUGAAUAAUUUGUAACAGGCAGUCUCUUAUAUUUAAUGUUUCAGUGAUUGACAUCACUAGCAGCAAUCAUUCCUAUAAUUUAGAUACUUUUGUACUAAUUUCUGAAUACUUGGAGAAAGUGGAAAGCAUACCUGACUGUAGUUGUGUAUUUAUAUUCAGUAAGGUAAAAUUGCAUGCAGUGCAGAAAAGAUUGUAUAUGUACUCAAGACUUUCUUCUGUUGUAAGUUACUUCUGCAACUGUGUCUACUUGUUCUCUUAACAGUGAUGGAUGUAACCCACAUCAGGUACCUAAGUGGGUGGUGUGCUCUUCCUUCCUAGAGCAUCAGAGUUCUUUCAGUAUGCUGUUUGCAGUUGUCAUAGUGACACAGAAAAGCUAACGGAUAACGCGAAUUCUUUUGUAAAAACACUCAGGCAGCAGACACUACUCUCUAUCAGAAAAGGCAUUCCCUGCUUGUGUAAAUCCAUUGGGCAUGCUUCUAACCCAAAGCGGAUAGCAUUUUGCUACAUCGCAUAUAGCCCCCCCCCCCCCAAAGUUGUCUAUGAAGUAAGUACAAAUCCACAACUGAAGUUUCAGCAGAUGGCUUGUGCUAAGAGAGAGCUAGUAUGUCUGGGGUGCUUAGAAAAUAUCCACCUGGAGUGCAAAGAAAUCCUUUUCUAGAGCCUGGGAAUCUCUAUAAAGAGAUUCAUUUGGCUGGUGGUCUGCCAAAGUUAUACUGUGGUGGGCGGUGCUUUGCAACUAAAGAUUCCUGUUUAUCCCUUACUACUGUGGAUGAAAAUGCCUGACCAACAUAGUUCCUUCAUCCAGAUGCUCUACCUCAAAACUGCAAAUCCUUGAAGCUCUGUUUAAGUUUAAAGUUGCCUCACUCUUUUAGCAUAAGCUGUCAAGCCAAAACAAAGAACUUGCAGCAGCUGGAGACACGUUAUUUUCAGCCGAGCCCCACAAUUGUACAAGUUCAUCUUUCUGGGGUUUAGAAGAUCAGUUAGCAAAGAGACUCUUUGCUUUUGCAAAUGUUGGUAGUGAUGUGGUCGUUGGUAGUGAUGCGGUCACUAAGCUUGCUAGACCUGUGUGAUAACUGUAGUGGCAGUGGAGAAUGAGUUCCUGCAGACAUUACUGACUUGCAUCAUAGAUGCUUUCAUUGCUGCUCAUGUUACUGUCCUGGGCUAAACCUUCCAACUUUAUUUAAACAGAGCGCUACUUAAACUUGCUUAUAGACUGUAUAGUUUAAUCCUGAAAGCAUUUGCACCACUUUCAGCUGUUCAGAAAGAUGACACAAAGGACCAGUCUCUAAUUCUCAAGUUAAAUUUUUUGAGCCAAGAAGCUAUCUUGCUAAUGCUUAUCCAGAGAGACAAAGUAGUUUGAUCGAUGGACAAUGGAAACUACACUGAACCGUGUUGCUUCAGGAAUAUGGAUUUUAUUGGGAUUUAUUUCUGAGUAAGCGUGCCCAGGAUGGCAAACCUUUUCUUGCUGAAUUUCAGUGUGUUGCCUUCCCUCAAUCACUUUGAUUGAGAUUCAAGCCAUUAUGUUGACAUCUUCAGCCUAGCAACGUUGCAGGAAAAUCAUUUUUGUGAGGGGUGUAUGUAACAGAGAGUUAUUCUGCUUUUCUUAGAACCCCUGUCUUGAAAGCUUCAGUUGUACAAGAGAUGCAUGGAGCCCUGCUUCCACCCUUUUCUCACUAAUCUGCUGCCACUAUUCCCUACUCUGCCUGAGAUGAAAAUAGCCAGUGGUUCAAUCUCCUCCCUUAAUAACAAACUAAAAAGGGAGUUACCUUGAUGAAACUUGAAUAUUCCUGGCUUGGUAUUAUCUAGCAUUAGCCUGGUUAUCCACUGGAUGUCAGUGUUCAGCUGUAAAUGCAUCCAAGUGGAUAGGAGUAAGUGUUCUGCAACAUGUCUCCUCUGCAUGAACUACAUGCAGUCAAAUAUAACUAGAGUGCCAAUAUAAAAAAGGUCAGGAGAGUAGAUUUUUCAUUCUAACGACAGCGUAAAUCUUACAUUUGUUUGGAUGACCGGAGCGGGGGGUAAUCUAGCAAAAUUGAUUCAAGUAAUCUUAAAUCCUUUGAGCGUUUAGACAGCAUAAGCCUACAGUAAAUUGAAGAUUUAGUGACUGAAGCCAUGAAGCAUGUAUUAUUAUUCUUUCGUCUUUUUUGUCACUGGGCUUAUCCACACUUACCUUUCCUCUGCUCUUUGCAGGCACAGUCCGCACUUUAAAGCUCCAUGUAUGAGCACCUUUUUUUCCUUUUUGUCCCAGAGCUUUCCCUGUGAAAACCUGCUCUUUAAAGCUCAGUCGGUGCAAACAGCAAUCUGCAGGAAACGCGAACUGACAUUUGAUCCAGUUGAGCACUAAAGAGUGGGCUUUUGCAGGGAAAGCUCUGGGGUAAAACAAACAAACAUUUGGACACAGAGCUUUUAUAAGCUAGGAUCUGUGCCUGGAAACUGCAGGGCAAAAGGUAAGUGUGGGUGAGCCUUUAGAUAAGUGAGCACUGAAUUGCACGGUUUAAAUAUGUAGCCAGCUGCAGAAGGCAACCAGCUGUACCAUGUUGGUGGACUGUAUAUUUUUUAUGGAGCAAUUAAUAUUUAAAAUAAUGAGACCAAAAGAAGUAGUUGGGCCAAUCAGGAGGUAUUUUAUUUUAAUUAUAUAUAAUACUAGAUUUGUGUUGGAGGUUUCUAUAGUAAAAAGAAUAGGGUCAAACAAAUACUAUAAUAAAAAUAGUUUAAUCUACUUUUACUGAAUAUAGACAUGUGUUUUGUUACUCUAUAAAGGGUUAGCUUGGGGUAGCCUGGGCUGCUGUUGAAAAGUGCUUAUGGCUAUAAUCCUUUUGCCCGCUUGCCUGGGAUUGAUCACCAUUGAAUUUGAUGGGACUUGCUUCUAAGUAGACAUGUAUAUGGUCGCACUGCUAGGGGGUUUCAUUAUCAAGCCUGGCCUAUGGAUUCAGUAGGCUCCAGGCCUUUUGGAUUAAAGUCUGGUGUGUAGCAAAUGGGGGCCAGACAGUGUCAGUAUAUAUAUUUUUGCCUCUUGUCUUUAUUGGAAUCAAAAGCACUGUGUAAAAGAUGUGCUGCUAAACCCAUCUCAUAUCCAAAAUUUGGAUCAGUAGAAACUGUGAAAGAGGCCCAAAGCCAGAUAGAUGUGUGUGUCUACUUAAAACUGGUCUCUCUUUUUCUUAGUCGCUGCAAUACAAAUGGGAUCCUGAGCCCAGGUUGAAAGCCAGUUUUUAAAGUAAAGUUAGAUUCGUUGGAGAAUCAAGAAAUGAACAUAUAAGAUACUACUGAACAGGUGCAAUGACUACAUUGUAUUGACGUGUGCACAUAUGCAAUAAUUUAAUAGCCAGCAAAAAUUAAAACAUAGACAAUACUGUGUGUGUAGUCUUUAUGUACUUAAUUGCUGCUUGAGGGCCCUGUACAUUUUUUAGGAACAUGAAAAUAAAGAAUUGAAAUUUCAUAUUUCUUGCUGUGUGAGUAUUCUCUCUAUUUCCUUAUUGUCUUACUGAUACAAAUGAAACAAAGUUCAUACUAUCCUUAUAAGACAACCACCAUAUUCGAGUAUAUUUAUUUGGGAGACUCUUUUCAACACUCCUGGCUUCCCCCACAAAAUACACUUCAGGGUUUAUCCUUGCAAGUUCAGAAUUAGUAUGGUACUACUAAUACCUAGAGGACACGGGUGGUGCUGUGGUCUAAACCACAGAGCCUAGGGCUUGCCGAUCAGAAGGUCGGCGGUUCGAAUCCCCGCAAAGGGGUGAGCUCCCGUUGCUCUGUCCCUGCUCCUGCCAACCUAGCAGUUUGAAAGCACGUCAAAGUGCAAGUAGCUAAAUAAGUACCACUCUGGCGGGAAGGUAAAUGGUGUUUCCGUGUGCUGCUCUGGUUUGCCAGAAGUGGCUUAGCUGUACGGCAGCUCCCUCAGCCAGUAAAGCGAGAUGAGCACCACAACCCCAGAGUUGUCCACGUCCCUUUACCCUUUACCUUACUAAUACCUAAGAAAGUAUUAGGGCUUCAAAUUACAGUGGUUUUCUACUGAGUUCCUGUGGUAUGACAUGAUUGGCAGCCAUUAUUUUUUCUAGUUUAUUAUGCUGAAGAGUGAAAGAACCAGAUACCGUUAUGUGAGAAACAGGGUAUGCUUGUCCUAAGCAAGCUUUUCUGUUUUGAUUGAAGUGUACCUGGGAAUACAUGCCACGCAGUACUCAAGGUCUCCUCCCCAUAAAAACAAAUAACAGCCCAACAAUUAAAAUGGCAUCAAUAAUAGUUUGUGUAGAUGUGCCUAAAGCAGCCUGUGAACAUUCACACUAUGGAUGGGGAAAAGCCCCUUUAUUCCUGCAACCUCUCCAACAGUUCUGGACUGCAUUGGAAGUAAUAUGAGAUAGCUGAAUGGGUAUGCAGUACAAUGCCAUCAGUGUUGAAUUUUUAAGGAACAUUCUCACAUGUGCAGAUAAUGAUUUGCACAGCUUAGAAGUCCAAAGUGCUUUUCAGUCCAUGUCCUCCUCUAUACAAAUAUUUAAAUCCUUUUCCUAAGAGGAUUUUAAACCUGAUAAACUGGCUGAUAAUUGCGUUAUAAUCCAGAUAAUGGCUUCUGCCUCACAGAGAACGAGACCUACUAUGUCUGAGAAUCAUAACAUCCAGAUUUUUAGUGAUGCCAUGGGCAGCUUGUUCUUCAGCCCAAUUUUGUUAGUACUUAAUUUGCCACCAUACUGCAUAAAAUGUGACUGCUUUCUUCAUUGCCUUUCAAUACCUUAACAUCGUGUAUCCCCCCCCCCCGCUACAGCUAGUCUCAAGCCAUUUUUGAAAGAUAAAUCUAAGUUUUAAAUUAUGCAAUUCCCUCCACAUUUGGACAUUGGAGAAUCUUGUUGCCACUAAUAGGAAAAUUGGGGGGGGCAGGUUGUCUUCAUCUGUUUAUCCCCUAAGUGACUGAUAGAAAAAACAACUGAGGUGUGAAAUCUAUUGGUGCAUGUAUAAUUAUUUUUACUAUUGCAAGUGUUUAUCUCCCCAGAAGGUCUGUGCUACUGAGCAACCCCACCAUAAAUGAUGGCAUGUCCCACUAGGAUUGUAAUCUUUCCAGGUAAACAGUUCUGGAGAUAUCAGAUGCCACAUGGGAAAGUUGGAAUGGUGUCCUAUGCUUUUGAUUGUAUUUUCCCCAAUAUAUGGAGAGAUAGAUCUGGCAAGUUUGGUUCACCAAACAGUUUCCCAAUCUUGCUCACGUACAUUGUGGUGCAGUUCACUCUUCCAUGUUUGCUUCAGUCCUGACAAAUUUCCCACUAGUUCUCCAUUACUUUGUUAAAUCAUUAUUUUGCAACUGGGGCCAGUUGAUCAUACCAUUUCUUCAUACCGUGUGAAAGGCACACAUGCAUACAUUUUAAUGUCAGGAUACUUCAAUAAGUGAUGGAAUUGGUAUAUUUGUACCUAUGCUAAUCAUUGGGCUCCUGUGUCUGCUUGAAGUUCUUAGGAGGAACAUGACAUUAUUCUACAAAAGCCCACCCCCUAGGAGCUGAAGUUAGCACAACAGAGUCCUUGCUGGGAUGACGAUAUAUUACCCACAUCAGCCUUUCCUGGGGAUCCAUUGUCUUCUUUCCACCCCUCACUCCCAACUUAUGAUUCCUAUUGCACCCACCACAAAACAGCAAAACUUUGUGAACCACUGCCAACUAUAAUUCAGAAAUUUGACAGGUUUUGUCUACUCAGAAGGAAUCACCAUGCCUGGAAAUUACAUCAAAGUCUUGCAGAAAAUAGUAUACAAACCAACCACCAAACUUUAAAGGUGAAUUGCAGGGAAACCCCUGGAUGUAUCUGCCUACAAUUUGGCAGGAGGAGCUGCUAUGCUUGCAAAUUUCACCUACCUCUGUGGAAAGAGGAGGGGAAUUUAUAAACAUUUUAAGGCUCUCCCAUUAUAGUGAAAACACAGAGCAGCUCCAAAACAGAUCAAGCUGCUGGUACACAUCAGUAUCAUAUACCACUAGGUGGUGUUAAAGUGCUUCUGUUUCAUACAGAAUAGUUUCUUACAGGAGCAACAGCUCUAAUGUACACAAAGGCUACCCCAUUCAUUCAUUACCAUGUGGAAUGAAUUCCCAGUUGCCUCCACUGAAAUGCACUAAGCAGCACCAAAUCCUGCCCUUUACCUAGCCUGGCUGUAUUGGGUUUCCUUCCUCCACCUCUGAGGACUGCUUCUAGGAACAUAUCAUCAGAUGACUGGUCCGUCUAGUUCUGUACUGUAUCUACUGACUGGCAGGAUUUCAUAUAGGAUUCUUUCCAGCCCAACCUGAAAUGGGGGCGACUGAACCUGGGACAUUUUGUAGACAUAGCUCUUUCCACCUGAGCUACAGCCCUUCCAGGUGUUCUGAAAUAAGAGUCUUUCGUUUUGAAAACGUGUGCAGCUAAAGGUCCUUUCCAUGCCAAAUAUUUCAGAUGGGAAAAAGCACUUCCACGAUGGGGGGUAAAUUCUAUGUGAAAUUUCCGUGAUGUGACAUAAUGAAUAAACAGUGGUUUAAGAAUGUAUGCUCCACUUUUCCCAAGCAAAUCACCCAAGGUAGCUCAUAGCAACAGCUGGAUAUAAAACAAUUAAAACCCAGAUGCAUGAGAAACCACACAAAUGGAAAUGCAUACAAUAAUUGCACAUUAUGACCUAUAGUUCUGAGAACUUGUGGGUGUGUUUAUUUUACAGAUUUAUGAGCCACCUCACGGCUUGAAGUUAUUGACCAGAUAGAACACAUAAGGUACAAACUAAAACAAGAAGUGGUGACCUUAGGGUGACGUGUGGUUUAAUCAUCAUCAUCGUCAUCUACAGUUUGGCAUAGGGCUUGGAGCCCAGAGUGCCUCUGUACACAAUAAUUUGCAUGGUUGAAAUUGCCCAUCAUUCCAAUAAUUAGGGUUUGUUUGUCUCCAUUGAAACCAACUCUCUCUCUCCCCCGCCCCGUCUGCCAGGCUUAAUGACGGGAUGGAGGGAGUUGUCCUGGAAUGCUGGGGAGGCAGAGCUUACUUGAUGGAUGGAAUGCCUGGGGAAGGUUUUUAGCUGGGCAAGAGAAUUCCUGUGGGGUAAUGUCAGGUGAGGGAGAGCCCACAGGGGGCUUGUUCAGAUAGAAGGAGGCUGUUAGGGAGAGAAUAUUCUCAAGAGUAAAGAAGAGAGGGAUAACUAGGGCUUUUUUUUCAGCCAGAACUUGGUGGAACUCAGUUCCGACACCUCUCAG